CAAUAUGUGUUUCUCAUCAUCAUUGGUAUAACAUCUGUUCAAUCUUCAUGUGAGUUAUGCGGCCGUUGCUGAGGCGGCUCUUGGCCAAGCCUGAAGUUGCGAGCCAAUAGAGAUGGGAAAGAAAGCGAAGAGAUCAAGGAAGGGGAAGAAAGCUUGGAGAGCCAAACAUAAGCGUUGCCGAAAUCGAAGACUUCUUCAAAAAAUCCGCCAAACACGCGCUCUCCGGUGGCUCCCUCACUGAUCUUCCCAGCGAGUCUCUCUUCUACGUCGACAAGUCUAAAGGUACUCGCUGGGACGUUGCUUUCUCCUGGCGAUGGCGUCUAUACUUGGAUGUGUUCCUUGCAUCCAUUUGUUGUUCCUGUUGCGCUUUGCUCUUCCUAUGCUUGGCGAGAGAAAACAGAAGACACUGGACAAAAGAAGAAAAAAUACAAAGCAUCACAUUUGCAAGAUGCACAAAGUUUUUUUACCGUGUUUAUGUUUUGCAUCUUAUAGGCAUAGCCAUCCCGCUACACAACCAAUCAAUUCAAUGGAUUUUUUCUUUGAUGAAGUGAAUUUUGGAGCUUCUAACUAUGCACAUUCUGCAUAUUCCAUGGUUCUUGUGGCCAUGGCGAGCAUUGCAUCUUUAUUUGUUUUAUCUAAAAGCAAUGGAUUUGUUGGAAUCUUGUUUAUUUCUUUCAAUUGGCCAUCCUCCUAGACAAGGUAAUUCAUCAAUACAUUCCUCCCGACAACGAUACAAAAGUAUGCAUUCUACUAUCAAAAGAGACAACAGUAUUGUUCAAGAUAAUUCAUGUCCAGACUAUCUAGGAAGAUGAACUGGUAAAUAUUCUAAGCCUCUUUAAAUUUACUUGGCAUAAGUUUAGUUAGUUGUGAAAUAUAUAUGGAUAUGAUCUCACAAUUGUCAAAUUUAAUGGCUUUUAGCAAAUAUGAUGUGUAAUUUUUAGUGCUUUUAGAAAGAUUAGUCCUAAUUGCUUAUAGUGUUAGCUUUUUGUUUUUUCUUUUAAAAUUGUUAAUCAUACUAACCUUUUUAGUUAUAAGUCAUCGAUGACCAGUUUCUGUUUGUCAUUUAUACUUAAAUGACCAUUUUAGUUAUAUUUCAGUCCAUCUAACUUUGGUUUUUCCUUGAAACUUGAUUUU